GAGCCACCAUGCCGCCUAUGAAAGUCUGCAUCAUCGGAUCCGGGAACUGGGGAUCUGCUAUUGCAAAAAUCGUAGGCAAAAAUGUCCAGAAAUCCAACAGAUUUGAUCCAGUCGUAAAGAUGUGGGUGUUUGAAGAGUUAAUCAAUGGGAGGAAACUCACAGAGAUAAUUAACCAAGAUCAUGAAAAUGUGAAGUAUCUUCCAGGUCAUAAGCUACCUCCUAAUGUGCUGGUAGGUUGCAAAAACACAGAUAAUGGGAAGAUCUUUAAAGAAUUAAUGCAGACCCCAAAUUUCAGAGUUACUGUGGUGGAUGACUGUGACACCGUGGAGAUCUGUGGAGCCUUAAAAAACAUUGUGGCAGUAGGAGCUGGGUUUUGUGAUGGACUGGGCUGCGGUGAUAACACGAAAGCGGCUGUGAUUCGUCUGGGCCUCAUGGAAAUGAUUGCUUUUGCAAAAAUCUUCUGCAAAGGCUCCGUAUCAAUAAACACGUUUCUGGAAAGUUGUGGCAUUGCUGAUCUGAUCACCACAUGCUACGGUGGACGCAACAGGAAAGUGGCAGAAGCCUUCGCACGCGGUGGAAAAACAAUUGAGGAACUAGAAAAAGAGAUGCUGAAUGGACAGAAGCUUCAAGGACCUCAGACAUCAGCUGAAGUUUACAAGAUCUUCAAGCAGAAGAACAUAAUUAAGAAGUUUCCGUUAUUCGUGAGUAUCUACCAGAUCUGCUACGAGGGGAAAUCUGUCAAAGAGUUCAUCACUUGUCUGCAGAAUCAUCCAGAACACAUGUAAGGCACUGUGGCUCAUCCUUCCAAGCAUCCCCUCUACUCAAGGCUUCUGUCAUCUUGAGCAGGAUGAAUAAAAGCAAGGCAAGAGACUCUGUAGCUAAUGUGUAUUGUCUUCACCCAAGACAAUACAAAAAUUGUUUUUGUAAUUGCCCCCCUUGGGCAUGAAGCCCCUUGAUGCCAUAUUUCAGCAUUAAUUACAGGUGCCAGUCAGGUGGAUGAUGUAGCUUUGUGUAAAUUUAAUGUAAGGUGUCGUUUCAGAAUCACAGUCCUCCGAAUUCCCUCAUAAUGGAUCAGCAGAAAGUAUAUUUCGUAAAAAUGCUGAGAUUCCUGUCUAGCCUUUUACUGAAAACCUGCCAAGAAAGGAAAUUCUACAUCUGUCUGUGGCAGUAUAUUUAAUUGUUGAACUGCUCCAUGCAAUCUACGCAUUUCCACUCUGGUGGCUGAAACUGGCAACAAAAAUUAUUUGCUGGGCUAGUUCAAACCAGUAUGCGAAAUUCAGUCCUCCCUUAUCUACUUAGUCAUCCCAUUGCCAUUUCACAGUACUACACACCACCAAU